GUUAAAUUUCCAUAAUUAUUUAUCUAAGUUUCAUUCUUUUUGUGUUUUUGUUCAAAUGGAUGAUGGGCAGGAUUAUGGUCUCACUGUGGAGUUUUUUGUUUCUCCUUUCUUGGUUCGGGAAUGGGAAGUAGCAGACAACAAUGGAACAAAGGAGACUCUUCGGCUUGAUCUAGUAGGAGAGUCUGCUGAUCACUAUAAAGGUGCAGAUAUAAUCAUUUUCAACACUGGACAUUGGUGGACUCAUGACAAAACUUCGAAAGGGAAAGAUUAUUAUCAAGAGGGCAAUCAUGUUUAUGGUGAAUUGAAUGUUCUUGAGGCAUUUCGGAGAGCAUUGACAACAUGGGCUAGAUGGGUUGAUGCUAAUGUAAAUCCAAAGAAGUCUAUGGUUUUCUUCAGGGGUUAUUCUACUUCUCAUUUCAGUGGUGGGCAAUGGAAUUCAGGAGGGGCAUGUGAUGAUGAGACUGAGCCCAUCAAGAACGAGACCUAUCUAACACCAUAUCCCCCCAAAAUGCUAGUGCUGGAGCAGGUGCUGAGAGGGAUGAAAACCCAUGUCACCUACCUAAAUAUCACUAGAUUGACUGAUUUCCGGAAGGAUGGUCACCCCUCAAUCUACCGGAAGCAAACGUUCACUGAGGAAGAAAGGAGAACACCGCUAAAGUAUCAAGAUUGCAGCCAUUGGUGCCUUCCGGGUGUGCCAGAUGCGUGGAAUGAGCUUCUCUAUGCUGAGUUGCUAGUAAAAGAGAGCAAAAUGCGGCAACAUCAAAGAAGAGUACAAGAAUUCCACAGAAAUGAGAUGCGGUGAAAUCAAUGGAGAAUAUAGGUAAAAUAAAUUCAUAUAGAAGUAUCUAUCUAUCAAUACAGCUCUUCUUCAUUUUCAAACGGGAGAAACAAAGAUAAAAAAUAGAGAAGAUCUACGAGAGUGUUCUUUUUCCCUUGUGAUAGACAAUAGAAAAAUGCGAGGAAGUGUUCUUGGAGAGAUCCAUCUCUUUAAUAAUUCCAUUUGUUUAUGUUAACGGAAGAAGGAGAGGAUUAAAGAUAUUGGUUGAUAAGAUUUCGUUGAGGUGGGAUUAGAAAUCUAUCCCAUUUCCACCAUACCUCCAGCAUGUUAGGGUUGUAAAUCUCUAAUUAUUUAGUUCAAGUUGAAAUAAUUAUGUUAUAUUUAUUAAAUUUCAUGUUCUUUU